UUGCACAAAUCAAUCAAUCUAUCUAUCUAUCUAUCUAUCUAUCUAUCUAUCUAUCCAAGUGUAUUAAUUUCUUUUCUCUCUCUCUCUCUCUCUCUCUCUCUAUCUAAUUAUCUAUCUAUGUCAAUCAGUCCAUAUCUAUCUAUCUAUCUAUCUAUCUGUGUGUGUGAUAGAGAGAGCGACUAUCUAUCCCAUUAUACUAAUUUCUAUCUAUCUAUCUAUCUAUCUAUCUAUCUAUCUAUCUAUCUAUCUAUCUAUCUCUACCAGUGUAUUUCUUUCUUUCUCUCUUUCUUUCUUUCUUUCUUUCUUUCUUUUCCACUUUCAUACCUAUCUAUGUCAAUCAGUUCAUAUCUAUCUAUCUAUCUAUCUAUCUAUCUAUCUAUCUAUCUAUCUAUCUAUCUAUCUAUCUAUCUAUCUAUACCAGUGUAUUUCUUUCUUUCUUUCUUUCCCAGUGAAUUGAUUUCUAUCUCCCUAAGUCAUCCAGUUCAUAUCUAUCUAUGUGAAUCAUUUCAUAUCUAUCUAUCUAUCUAUCUAUCUAUCUAUCUAUCUAUCUAUGUCCGCAUUUUUUCUUUCUUUCUUUCUUUCUUUCUUUCUUUCUUUCUUUCUUUCUUUCUUUCGUUUGUUCUUUCUUUCUUUCUUAAUGAUAUCUCCAACCAUAUAUUGGACAUGCAACGAGCCUUCACAUCUAGCUUCUUUUCCUCAGUUAAUUUAAAUUCUUCUUCGCACAGGCUUCUUUUCUCUUUUUGCCUUUUUUCAUUUAUACGACGUUUCUUUCUACAACUGAAAUUCUUUCUUUUUUUCCUUUCUUUCUAUCAUUUUCCUUUCUUUCUUUCUUUUUUUAUUUUCGUUCUUUUUAUUUUCUUUUUUUCUUUCUUUUUUCUUUCUUUCUUUUGA